AUGCAUACGGCUUUUACCAACGGCGGAUUUCGUGCCUCUCCUCGUGAUGUGUGGGAGAAGCGCAUCUCUGAGCUCAUCGACCAGGCGCAACAGCACCAAUCGCCUUACACAGAGACCUUCGGACCCCAUACUAUCAUGAUCCACCCUUCUGUCUACUCACCCAAGUACUUUCCCGAGACCUGGUGGUACGCGCAGCACCUUCCCCCCAUCAUCAAUAAGGGAAGCUUUCUGGAAGUUGGCGUCGGGUCGGGCCUCACAUCACUCUCUGUCGCUGCGGCUGGAUCCCAAGUAUUUGGGGUAGACAUCAACCCUGAAGCCGUCAACGUCACACAAAGCAACUUUGAAAUCAACCAUCAAAAGGGCACAUUUGUCGUCAGCAAUAUCUACCAGAACGUCAAGGGCAAGUUUGACUUCAUCUAUUGGAACCAUCCAUGGCAGCAUGAUUCGAACAUCCCACUGCAACUGAAAUCGGAGAAAACACUGGACUCUGAGUAUCAGCUGUUGCGAAGGUUUGUCGGCGAGGCGGACGGGUAUCUGACAGACAACGGCGUUAUUCUCCUUGGCACAAGUGCAUAUGCAAACCACGUGGCAAUCGUUCAGAUCGCCCGGCAGAAUGGGUACUCGUGCCAGGAGUUAGUCAGGGGAAAUGAAUCCAUUGGAAAGGGAGUUUUUGAAGAAUAUUACAUUCUCGAGCUGAAGAGGCAAUGA